AUGGAGGACACAUCUCAACCCUCGUCUCCACAAUUCCUCGGUGUUCCUCUACUUGACUAUUUUCGAAAUUUAAUCACUUUUGAUGUCGAAUUCGAAGAAGAUAACAGAAAUUAUCGAUGCGCUUUGCAGAAAUUUCAUAUUCUGAAUGUAGCCAAAGUGUUCAUUCUCCUCGAGGUGAUCUUCAUUCUUUUCUACAUGAUUGUCACAUUUCCCUGGUGGUUUUUAUGGAUAUUCUUUCAUCUACCAGUCGUUCUCCUCACGGUUGUUGCCCUUAAAAAAGAGAUCGCUUUCUGGAUUUUGGCUAAAAUUGUCUUCAUUGCUUUUCAAAUCGCUCUCUACAUAAUGUUCAUUUGUAUCAGUUUUAUCGUUGGAAUCAGUGCCAAUGCGUUUUUGGGAAUAUUUGGAAUCGGCCCGAUUGACAAUUUGGCUGCUCGAUGGGCUUUGGCCAGUAUCAUCAAGAUCAACAUGGUCAUUGUGUUGCUUCUAUUAUUUUGGAAAUUCACAAUCUUCUGGACGUUGAGGAUAUAUUUUGAGAAAAAGCAAAAAGACGAGGUCGAUUUGGGAGCGGACGGUGACCCGAAUUUGUUGAAGAGAAUUUUGACGCCAAUU